UUCUCUUACCCAAAUCUUCCUUUCAAUUUCAGUUUCACCAAACCGGGUUAUCGGGUCGGAAUGGCGACUGUCACAACACAAGCCUCCGCCGCGGUUUUCCGACCGUGUGCUUCCAGGCCGAGAUUCCUCACCGGCUCUUCGGGGAAAUUGAACCGGGAUUUGUUGGUUAAACCGAUCGGUUCUUCCACCAGAACGGCGUCGUUCAAAGUUGAAGCCAAGAAAGGGGAAUGGUUGCCCGGUUUGGCCUCUCCGGCUUACCUUAACGGGAGUCUCCCCGGUGACAACGGCUUUGACCCUCUGGGUCUAGCGGAGGAUCCAGAGAACCUGAAAUGGUUCGUACAAGCUGAGCUCGUCAAUGGCCGGUGGGCAAUGCUCGGAGUGGCCGGAAUGCUUCUCCCUGAAGUCUUCACCAAGAUCGGAAUCAUAAACGUUCCGGAGUGGUAUGAUGCCGGGAAAGAGGAGUACUUCGCUUCGUCAUCAACAUUGUUCGUGAUAGAGUUCAUACUGUUCCAUUACGUAGAGAUUAGGAGGUGGCAGGACAUCAAGAACCCGGGGAGUGUGAAUCAAGAUCCGAUCUUCAAGCAAUACAGCUUGCCUCCUAACGAAGUGGGCUAUCCCGGCGGCAUCUUCAACCCUCUUAACUUCGCCCCGACGGCCGAGGCCAAGGAGAAGGAGCUCGCUAACGGGAGGUUGGCGAUGUUGGCUUUCUUAGGGUUUGUGGUUCAACACAACGUGACGGGUAAAGGGCCGUUUGAGAAUCUGUUGCAGCACUUGUCUGAUCCAUGGCACAACACUAUCAUCCAAACCCUAAGGGGCUAAAGACAGGGGUUUGGAUCUCUCAAGCUAUUUCUAUGUCUUUCAUCUGUCCAUGAGCGUGCCCGUUUUACAUUUCUUGAAGUUUUGAGCAUGAUAUGGAUCAUUGUAUCACCAUGAACAAGUUUAAAGCUCUUUGUUGUACAGAAGAACUGAAUUAAUCAAGAUGGUGAUCCUAUAUAUACAUAUAUAUAUAUUAAGCAUCAUGUGAUUCUUUGCUAA